AUGGCUCUUGAAACACUCCUCUUCAAGGUCAAAACCGCCAUUUCAAACAGCUUCGACUCUGUUCCACCGAAGCUUCUCAAGAAGAAAACCACUUCACUCAAGAAACCAAAAAGAUACGUCGCCGUUUUAGCCUUCGAGAUCGCGGGAGUUAUGUCCAAGCUUCUUCAUCUUUAUCAGUCUCUCUCCGAUGUUACCAUCGUGAGAAUCCGAAACGACGCCGUUACGCUUGAAGGUGUUCGGAAGAUUAUCUCCAAUGAUGAAUCGUUCUUACUCGGACUCGCUUGCGCUGAGUUUACUGAGGCUCUUCGGCUCGUUGCUAACUCGGUUACCCGACUCAGUCAAUGUUGCGAGGAUCAUAGCCUUCGGGAUUUUCACCGGGCGUUUCUCGAGUUUGCUGAUUCGGGCCGUGAUACAAACGGGUGGGUUCUUUCUGGCCCGAAGGAAAUUGAAGCGAAGUUUAGGAAAAUGGAACGUUACGUGAUGCUUACGGCAGCUUUGCACCGUGAAAUGGAGGAGCUUUCUGUUUUGGAAAAUGGGUUCAGAAAAGCUUUGAAUUUGAACCAUCAUCAUCGUCGUAAUAGUAGCAGUGAAGGGAAUGAAGGUUCUUUGGGUGUUGGGAAAGAACAGAAAAUAUAUGAACUUCAGCAGAAGAUUUGUUGGCAGAAACAAGAGGUGAAGGAUCUGAAAGAUAGGUGUUUGUGGAGUAGAAGUUUUGAUGGUGUUGUUUUAUUACUUGUGAGGUUUUGUUUCACUGUUUUAGCUAGGAUUAAGGUUGUUUUUGGAAUUGGUCAUUCUGUGCCUUGUUUGUCACCUAGUUUGUCAACUUCUGCAACCGUUUAUCCCUCUGAUCAGAAUCCCAAUUCUUGUCAUGAAUACGUUUCUGGGUCAUUGGAAAUCUCAGAGGUUGAAGAGAUCAAAGAACGUUUUCGAAGUGGGUUUUUCGAGUCUAACUCCAAGCUUUUGAAACCACCUCCUAGUACUUUAGGUGCUUCAGCUUUGGCUUUUCACUAUGCUAACUUGAUCAUAGUGUUGGAGAAGAUGAUAAAGACACCUCAUUUGAUUGGUUUGGAUGCAAGGGAUGAUUUGUAUGGCAUGUUACCUAGCAGCAUAAGGUCAGGUCUGAGGACUAGGUUGAAAGGAAUUGGGUUUUGUGCAAGUGAUCCCGUUCUUGCUGGUGAAUGGAAGGAUGCUUUAGGGAGGAUAUUAGGGUGGUUAUCACCUUUGGCACAUAACAUGAUCAAGUGGCAGAGUGAAAGAAGCUUUGAGCAACAUAAUCUGGUGCCUAAGACUAAUGUUUUGCUUCUGCAGACUUUGUUUUUUGCAAACAAAGACAAGACUGAGGCUGCAAUAACUGAGUUGCUUGUUGGGUUGAACUAUAUUUGGAGGUUUGAGAGGGAAAUGACUGCUAAAGCUUUGUUUGAAUGUGCUAAUUUCAAUGGCUUUAUUAAAUCUGCAAAAUCAUAG